AUGUCCAUCUCAGGCAGGGGCUUGGGGAAGCCGCCAGGAGUGGGCAAGCAGCAAGAGAUGGGAGUGCAGGUGUGCCUGCAUCAGCAGAAGAGCUGCCUUCGUGGAGGUGCAGAUGCAGCCGGCCGCUGUGGAAUUCAUCUUGACCACUCAGAUGUGCUCUUCCGCUCCAAAUCCAGCCCAGUCAUUGGAGAUGGAGCAGGUGAUGCCCUUGGUGCUUCCUUUGCAAAUGAUCGUUUGGGUUUCGAUUUUGUGCCUGUGCCUGUGGAACAACCCAGAGGCCGUGCUGGUGAAUCCACAGGAGAGUAUCCUGUCUACGAGCCUGAAGGGGAUGCUGGAGAUGGGACUGGAGCAGGUGAUCCAGGAUCCGCUCUGAGCUCUGGGACCGAAACUCUGGCGGAUGGCCUGGGUCCGGAAAGAGCAGAGGAUGAACCCGAAAGAGGAAGAAAGUCCCAGGGCUUACCCCGUCUCCUAAAGGAACUGCUGAAGGAAAUAGAGAAGGCACCGCGUGGAAUUGACCAAGAAACUGAGCAGGAUGCACUGCAGGAAGGCAGCCAUCCCACCCUGCCGGUCUCGGACAGCGGAACGCAGGCAGCGCCAACAGCUGGCACGCCAGGGAUGAAUGCCGGGAAAAGCACAGAGGCUGCUGUUCACCAAUCUGCGCGGAAGCGCUACAUCGCAGCCGUGGUAAUGUUCCCUGCUGCGGUGCUGGCCUGUGGUGCUGUGAUAUGGAUGUGCAAAACAUACUUAGUGUGCAAGAGAGAAGAGAGAGCAGCAGAACCGGCUCAUCCUGAUACCAACUAGGAGAGAGUUCCAACUGGAGACGAGGGCAGAAUGGAGCUGGGAGAGGCAACAGAAGAGACUCUUGCCCCAUCAAACA